AGGCAUAUGUGAGAUUAAGACGUAGCCUAAGGUUGGAAAGAGAAAACUAUUUGAAAUUUUUGUGACUUAUUUGGAAUUGGUCUUAAAAAUUAAGACAAUGUAAAGUUGGAUAAUUAAAGAUUAAAAAAAAUUAAAGGUCAUGCUUAGAUACUCUUAAACAAUUGAGAUCAUUAUGAUUUCGGGGAAUUGAAUUUGUUUCUGGAAGUUCUGUUGGAGCUAAGACAAAAAGUUUCAGCUGCAGCAGAGAAUUUAAUUAUUCUGGUGGACAAGUUACAUAAAAUGCCUCAAAGGCUCAAGUUUGUCAGCUGUUUUGUUCAUCAUUCUUAGUGCCAAGUAAUUCCACAGAGUAUUCACACAUCUUAAUCCUUCAGACUUGGAGAUCAUCCUUCAGAAGGACCGCCCUCACUGUGAUGGAUUCUGCAGAGACUGAGCCCGAAAAAGAGAAAGGUCCUACAUCAGAGAUCAUCCAGCAAGAUUUUUUUCAAGAAGCAAAAACUCUCAUUGCUGAACAUUAUCAAAGAAUAAAUGAGAAUAAAAUUCGAGGUCCUUCUAUAAAUGUUUUUAGAAAUAAACAUCAAAAACUGAAAUCCAGCAAAUACAUACCUUUAAAGAUUAAAAAAACGGAGUCGUUUGACAUGGUCCAAGAACACCGGACAGCACUGAGAAGUAUUGGUUUCUCCAAGGAGCUUUCCAAAAGUGAAACUUUAGAGGAGCCCUCGAUACCACAAACUUCUUCCCAGGAGCCACAUGUCUCUAAAAUGAAAGAAAAAUACCAGUGUAUAGAUCUUUUUACAAAAGAACCAGUUAAACUGCAUAAAAUAAUGAUUGAUAUUGAACCCGUGAGUAAAAAAAUGGAGAAAGAAAAGCAACAGCAACCCGGGAAGUCCAGAACGGUGGAUUUUUUAGAAGCCUUUCCCAUUCUUCCUGGUUUGUCAAUACCACCCAAGAUCUCCUCUUCCACAGGACUUGAGAAAGAACCUGGAAAGAAUGAAGCUGCCAUUAAGGAAAGGGAUAGGUCAGAAGAUUUCCUCCUUCUCUGGGGCUGCUUCUUAGCCCUUGGAACAUCUCUACAGGGUCAUCUGCGGGAGAGAAGAGACGCUGCUUCACUUUUCCCUGCUUGCCACGUUCACAUCCUUGAGGCCCUCAAGAAAACUUCUAUGAAAAAAGAGCAAAAACCUAUCAUUCUGGAACCAAAGCCAGGACCCAGGGUAAAAGUUGUUAAAAAAGAUGAUAAAUUGGAAAAUAAAGUUAAAAGAAUUGGACCACACAUAGAAAUCUUCCAGGUAUUCCAAGUGAAAAGCAAACUCUUCAUUACCAAAAACAUCAUUGACAUGGUCACCCUCAUGCAGGCUCAUGUCAGGGGGUGGCUUGAACGCAAGAGGUUUCAAAGACUAAUGUCCAAGGCUUUGUAUCAUGGGCCAAAUUUGAAAGAAGUUAUUAACAUGUAUCGGGGAUUAAUCCACCGUGUAAGGUGUCGACUUGGUCUCCGGAGGACAAGACAAAUCAUAAACUUUCCAGAGCUAGAGGAAUGGAUGGACAGAAAAAAGUACUAUGAAACAAAGUUUUCCAAGAGAGAAGAUUGGCAGGGAUUGGAAAGAAGUGAUCUCCUGAAGUACUUUAGAGACUGUGGCCAUUACCCAACCCAGAAGCAGGUUGAUGAGUAUUGGGACUUGUUCAACAAAGAUAAGUCACUAACACAUCCUGAAGUGAUCAAAAGGGCCCAUGCAAUUGAACUGUUAUUUAUGCUCUACCCUCCUAAAGGUGCCCAUGUGGGCAACAAAGGCAGACUAAAGUCAACCUGGCUGAGACCCAUAGUAAAUGGAGAAGAAGGAUAUAAAUAUAUAGUGAAUCGACAUCCAAUACUCAGAAGAGCUAACAUCCAGAUUGUUGGAAAAUUGGUGGCCAGAUCGAUAAGAGAAAGGAAAAUGAGAGCAUAUUUUGAAUCACGAGAAGUUUAAUAAGGUUGAGAAGCAAUCCAGUGCUGUUGCUUAUAAUGGUUCAAUCUGUCUAUCCAAAAAGAAGGUUUACAGUGGCCAUGGAUGAAUUUGGCAUCAACAGGAAAAAAAAAAAACAAGCAUUUUUGUACAUGCAAAGAAGGACUUUGAUGAGUUAGUCUGUAAUUUCUAAAUAUCUUUGCCUGAACACUGCUUAUUUUAUCUUCUUCAUAAACAUCAUGAUAAAAUGAAACUACAUAGUGUCAAGUACUGCUUUCAUCAGACUGAAAUUUGUUUUGUUCUAUUAACAAUAAAGGCUCGGAAGAAACUUUA